AUGGCUCGGGUCUGGCAUAUCACCGGAGCAAACACUGGCUUCGGCCUUGAGCUCGCCCUCAAAGCUCUCGCGGAAGGCGAUCGGGUCAUUGCGGCCGUCCGAACCCCCUCUAAAGUGCCCGACAACCUCAAGCGACCAGAAGUCGAAGUCUUGCAAUUUGACCUCGCCUGGCCGCAGGAGGAUAUAAAUAACUAUGCCGAGAAGGCGUUCGCCGCCUUUGGAAAAAUCGAUGUAGUCGUCAAUAACGCCGGCUACUCGUAUAUGGGAGCGAUUGAAGAGUCUGAAGACUCCGCAGUGAAGGCACAGUUCGAUACCAACGUCUUCGCGCUCCUACGCCUCGUCCGCGCGGUACUUCCAGGUCUCCGAAGCCAAGGCAGCGGAACCAUCAUCAACCUUUCCUCCAUCGGCGGACUGGUCUCCUACCCUUCCAACGGGAUCUACUGCGCGACCAAGUUCGCCGUUGAAGCCAUCACUCAAGCACUUGCCACUGAAAUAGCUCCAUUCGGGCUCAAGGCUGUGAUCGUUGAGCCCGGGUAUUUCCGCACCGCCUUCCUGACUUCUGUCGCGGCUGGUGCGAACAUUGCACCUGCGCUGGAGGUGUAUGAGGGGACGCCAGCGCAUGAGGCUCGCGCAGCGUUUACCAAGUACAACGGAGCUCAACCUGGAAAUCCCAAGGAAGGGGCUGCGAGGAUCUGGGAGUAUGUAGCUGAUGAAGGACUCUUGAAGGGCAAGGACAAACUGCUGAGGCUACCCUUGGGAACGGAUUCUGGGACUCUUAUAAAGCAGCACGCAGCUGAGCUGAGCGAAACUGUGGCUCAUUAUGAGGAUGUCUGGAGAAGUACCGAUUUCAAGGAGUAA